UAGAAAAGAUAUGAUUAGAAUACAUUCUCUUUUUGUGAAAUUAUUCAAUCGUUAUAAAGAAUCGCGAGGAGAAUUUAAAAUUACCGCCACGCGUAGGCGCAAUUCGCGCGCUACUUCAUUCCAUAAAAAAAGAACGCAACAGACAAAAUGGUGGGUGUUUUGAAUGAUUCCGACAGCGAAGACGAAUUGCCGCCCGGUUGGGAGGAACGCGCCACGUUAGACGGAAAUGUUUAUUACGUAAACCACUACACAAAAGGGACGCAGUGGACACAUCCUCGUACUGGACGCAAGAAAAUUGUGGAAGGAGAGCUACCUUCUGGUUGGGAUAGGUGUGUUUCCGAUGAUGGUAAAAUACUAUUUGUCGAUCACAUGAAUCGCACGACUACUUACACGGACCCCCGGCUGGCCUUUGCUACAGAGUACAGAGAGGUAUCGCAACCUGUUAGACAAAGGUUUGACGGUAGCAGUACCGCCUUGUCGGUUUUACAUGGUCGAGAUCUGCGUGGCAAACUUGCAUUAAUAACGGGAGCAAAUACUGGCAUAGGAUUUGAAACUGCAAGGUCGUUAGCUCUUCACGGAUGUGGGAUUGUAUUAGCAUGUCGGGAUAUAAAGAAAGCAGAAGAAGCAGCAAAAAGAAUACAGCAAGAAAAAGAGCACACAUUUUGUGACACGCUGCAACUAGAUUUGAAUUCGUUGCACAGCGUUAGAGAGGCAGCUGAAAAAUUUAAGCAGAAGUACAAAACUCUACAUAUUCUGAUACUAAAUGCUGGCGUAUUUGCAAUACCGUAUACUAUUACCGAAGAUGGUUAUGAAGCAGUAUUCCAAAUAAAUCACUUAUCUCAUUUUUAUUUGACGUUACUUCUGGAACAUCCACUACGCUGUUGCCGCAAUGCCAGAGUGGUAGUCGUUUCUAGCGAGUCUCAUAGAUUUUCAUCUAUACAGUCUGUCGAAGAUAUUCAUCCGCUAACUCUCUCACCGCCAUCAUAUAAAUACUGGUCAAUGGGAGCAUACAAUGAUUCCAAACUCUGCAAUAUCCUAUUCGCUCAAGAAUUAGCUAAGCGGUGGCCUUCGGUAAGCGUAUUUAGUUGUCAUCCUGGAAACAUGGUGUCAUCUGAAUUAUCACGAUAUUCAUGGACAUAUAGAUUACUCUUCGCCAUAGUAAGACCCUUUACAAAGUCUUUGGAACAAGCAGCAAGUACUUCAGUAUUUUGUGCAACUGCACCGGAACUGGAAGGAGCAACGGGGGUUUACUUUAACAACUGUUAUCGUUGUGAACCCUCUAACGCUGCUCUUGAUCCUACUUUGGCAACCCGGCUGUGGAAUGUCAGUCAAGAAAUGAUAAUCAGCGUCGUCAAACGUGACAAGCUUUGGUAUGAUUUAGCGUUAAAGUAAUCAUUUACUUUUUCGAUGUUUUACGCGUAUGCAGUUGUAUGUACAGAUUAUGAGAAUAUGGGGCGACAUACACACGUUUGUAUAUUAUAUGACUGAGAUUGUUACCCAUAAAUAAUUUUAUAUUUUUAAUAUUGUGAAAACUAAUAUCAACGAUAUUGACACAAGAACAAUUUGUUUACUUAUAAAUGAAUUUUAUUCACUUUGAAACAUCUUGCACAAAGGGUUAACUAGGUUUAAUCAUGCAAUACAAAAAUUACAAUCUAAUGUUAUGAUUUUAUGAACGUUAAGAGUUUAUCACUACAAUGUAAUGUAUCACAAGAGUUAUAUACAUUUCAUACACUACACAGAUACUCAGGAAAGCACUUUAUUAAACAAUUUUAUAUUUACUACAGAUUUAAUUAUAAUGUAAACUGUA